AUGUCUGCCAAAUCGCUCACCACCGCGGCCACGCUCUUUGCGGGGCCCGGGUCAGCAAACAACGCCAGCCCGGCCGUCAAUGUCGUUCCCGAUCUCGCGCUGACGGGGUUACGAGGAUGCCCACUCACCCGCCGACAGGACAGCGCAACCUUCCACUUCGUGCUCGACGGCACCAUCCAGACCCUCUCCACGCAAAACACCCCGGACACUGGCCCCAUCAAGGGCCUCCUGUUUGUGCCCAGUCUCAGCGCGCGCGACCCGUGCAACAACACCACCGCCCCCUUCAUCCCCGCCAAUGCCACCCGGCUGCAGGACGUCCAGCGCUUCGGAUACCAGACGAUCGGCCUGGCGCCGUGGGUCUCGGACGACUGCACCAAGGCGUAUCUGAACGCCUCGGGCGAGGCGGGCAGCGACGCGCUGGUCUUUUUUGUGCCGUCCAACAACGACACGAAGCCGCCCGGCCCUGACGAUCCGUCCUGGCUGCUGGACGGUGACGACGGCUGGAAGAGUCGCGCCCUGUUCCCGGUGUAUGCGAUUCCAGGCACCGCGGGUGCCACACUUAUGCAGCAGCUAGCGACAUACGGGAACAACGCAGAUAGUGCUGCGGAUUCCAACGGGAGCUCGUUUCUGCAAGCACCGACUGAUAUUCGAUUGUUUACACUGAUAGAUUUGGGUAUGUGUUCUGAGGACUUGGCUGGACAAGGCUAA